AUGCUGGUGCUCCUCAGUGCUGCAGCGCCCGAGGCCAGUUGUUUGAUCACUACCGCCCUGGCCAUUGCUCCUGUCCGCUUUGACAGGGAGAAGGUGUUCCAUGUAAAACCCCAGGAUGAAAAACAAGCAAACAUCCUAAAGGACUUGGCCAAAACCAACAAGGUAAAGCUUCUGUAUCCAGAUGCCACCCAUGUGGCUGUUAACAUGAGGGUGAAUUUCCGAGUUAGUGAAAAGGAAUCCCAGUCCAUCCAGUUUGUCUUGGAUCAAAAUAAAAUGCAGUAUGAAAUCUUGAUUCAUGAUCUACAAGAAGUGAUUGAGAAACAGUUUAAUGUUAAAAAAGAUAUCCCAGGCAGGCACAUCUAUGCAAAAUGCAAUGCCUGGAUCAAGAUUGUUGCUUGGACUGAAAAAAUGGUGCAUAAGCAUCCUGACAUGGUCUCUCAUAUUAAAAUUGGAACUACUGUUGAAAAUAAUCCACUGUAUGUUCUCAAGAUUGGGAAAAAGGAUGAAAGAAGAAAGGCUAUUUUUAUGGACUGUGGCAUUCAUGCACGAGAAUAGAUCUCCCCAGCAUUCUGCCAGUGGUGCGUCUAUCAGGCAACCAAAACUUAUGGGGAAAACAAAAUUAUGAUCAAACUCCUGGACUGAAUGAAUUUUUAUGUUCUUCCUGUGUUCAACAUUGAUGGGUAUAUUUGGUCAUGGACACAGAAACGCAUGUGGAGGAAAAAUCGUCCCAAGAACCCAGACUCCAAGUGCGUCGGCACUGACCUCAACAGGAACUUUAAUGCCUCGGGGACUUGGGGCUCUUUUCCUGCCACCAAAGACCCAUGUGGGGAAACCCAUGCGGGUCCCUCCCCAGAACCGGAGAAGGAGACCAAAGCUGUCACUGACUUCAUUCUAAGCCACCUGAAAUCAAUCAGGGGCUACAUCACCAUGCACUCCUGCUGCCAGAUGCUGUUGUUUCCCUACGGAUACACAUCAGAAUUGCCACCUGACCAGGAGGAACUGGCCAAAGUUGCAAAGAUCAGCACCGAUGCUUUAUCAACUCCAUAUGCAACCCACUACAUCUAUGGCCCAAUAGCAUCAAUCAUUUACCGAACAUCAGGUUCAUCUUUAGAUUGGGCCUACAACCUGGGCAUCAAGCACACAUUUGCCUUUGAGCUUUGAGAUAAAGGCAAAUUUGGUUUUCUACUUCCAGAAUCUCAGAUAAAGUCAACCUGCAAAGAGACCAUGCUAGUUGUCAAAUUUAUUGCCAAGUAUAUCCUUCAGCAUACUUCCUAA